AUGGCCCAACAGCUAGGCGUUCAGCCAUCCCUUGACACGGUGCGCGAGGUGUUGGCUGCGGCAGUCAGCUCCCCAAACCCGCCCAACCUCGUCCCCGUCUUCUCCUCGAUAUCCGCCGAGUUCCUGACGCCCUCGAGCAUAUACCUCAAGAUUUCUGCAAAGUCGAAGUCGAAGCUUUCGUUCCUCUUUGAGAGCGCAGCCACCACCGAGACAAUCGGACGAUACAGCUUCGUUGGCGCAGACCCUCGCAAGGUCAUCAAGACUGGCCCCGGCCAUGGCGAGGAGGCGGAUCCCCUUCCCAACCUCGAGAAGGAGCUCGCAAAGAGCACGGUCGCGACCGUACCCUCGAUACAGCUUCCCCCCAUGACCGGUGGCGCCGUUGGAUAUGUUGGCUACGACUGCGUCAAGUACUUCGAGCCAAAGACACGGCGGGACGACGUGAAGGAUGUCCUGGGUGUACCGGAGAGCUUGUUCAUGCUGUUCGACACAGUCGUGGCUCUUGACCACUUCGCACAGGUGGUCAAGGUCAUCACCUACGUACAGGUCCCAGACAGUCUCGACGACUUGGAGGCGGCGUACGAGGAGGCCAAGGCUACGCUGAAGAGAUACGUGACCAUACUCAAGGACAAAGAAGUGCCCAUGCCCGAGCAGGGGCCCAUCCAGCUCGGGAACCAGUACAAGUCGAACAUUGGCCAGGAAGGCUACGAGUCCCACGUCAAAGAGCUCAAGAAGCACAUCAGUAUUGGCGACAUCAUCCAAGCCGUGCCUUCGCAGCGUUUCGCACGACCUACCUCGCUGCACCCCUUCAACGUCUACAGGAACCUUCGAAACGUCAAUCCAUCGCCGUACCUCUUCUUCGUCGACUGCGAGGAUUUCCAGAUCGUCGGCGCAAGUCCCGAGUUGCUGGUCAAAGAGGAGCAGGGUCGGAUCAUCACACAUCCCAUUGCCGGGACCGUUAAGAGGGGCAAAACCCUGCAGGAAGAUGCAGCCCUGGCUGCAGAGCUUUCCGACUCACUGAAAGACCGGGCCGAGCACGUCAUGUUGGUGGAUCUCGCCCGGAAUGACGUCAAUCGUGUUUGCGACCCGCUUUCCACUCGAGUGGAUAAGCUGAUGGUGGUGCAAAAGUUUUCGCAUGUGCAGCACCUGGUCUCCGAGGUGUCAGGCGUGCUGCGACCUGGCAAGACACGAUUCGACGCCUUUCGGUCGAUUUUUCCAGCAGGGACCGUGAGCGGCGCGCCCAAAGUGCGGGCGAUGCAGCUCAUUGCCGAACUCGAGAAAGAAAAGCGCGGUGUCUAUGCUGGCGCUGUGGGGUAUUUCGGCUACGGUAGCGUCGAGGGUGAUAGGCAGAUCGAGGGUGCUAUGGACACGUGCAUCGCGCUACGGACCAUGCUUGUCAAAGAUGGCAUCGCAUAUCUCCAAGCAGGGGGCGGAAUCGUGUUUGAUUCGGACCCGUACGAUGAGUGGAUGGAGACGAUCAAUAAACUAGGUGCGAAUACACACUGCAUCACUUCAGCCGAAGAGAAGCAUCUGGCCGAGCAGACCGAGGGCGAAGUCGACACGGACAAAUCGCAGUCUCUGGAGGGCGACGCAAAGCCGCGCAUCUCUGCGGCUGCGUAA